AUGAGAUCUGAUCCAGUCUGGUUUUCUUUUUCUUUCACGCAGGGCGACAACGGCAUUCCAGGCGGACCGGGACGGUACGGCCGAAAGGGGGGCAAGGGAACUCCUGGUCUGCCGGGGCGUAAAGGGGAGCCCGGAUACUUGGAUGCUGGGAGCCCUGGAGACCCGGGUCAACACAGUGCGAAAGGGCCGCCAGGAGAUCAAGGUCCAUCCGGUCCGAAAGGAGAGAAGAGAUUUGAAGGUCGGUUGCACCAGAAGACGACAGGAGAUUCCUCUUUACCAGCUGUUAAUUGGCUCUACUUUAACAUUCUUGCCGACGCCGUUUCCGAGGCAAUCUCCUUCGAUUCCGGUGAAAAGCUCUAA